ACAAAUAGAAGCUCCACAGCUGCUGCCUCAGAACGCGACCUCUGUCCCUCACAUUUGGUUGCCGGUGCAUGCCCUGCGUACCAUCCCACAAGAGCAGAGGAUUAUUGGUUUGGUCAGCUACAUGUCGCACAGCCAGUUCCAAGUAUAUCCUUUGCCCUUUUCAUUCUCGCAUCAUCCAUUCAAUCCAGUCCUGACACUCUCAUGUUUCAGUGUGUAAUUUAGAUUGAAAAUUAAAUCAUGGGAGUGAAUAUUUGAUUCUUUAAUCAUUGUGGGCUUUACAUAAAUACUGUAUAUACACUAUGUUAUAGUGCUCCGUGUUUCCUCGUGGCUGCACUGAAACUGUCUCCUCAUUAGUUUGAACAGGAAGAUAUCUCAUCAAUGCUUAUCAGGAUACAACUACUGGGGAGCCGAAGUCUUCGUGAUCUCCAGACAUCUAUCAAGAUGAUUUUCAAAACUGAUCCGCACGCUCAUAUCGAUAAUCACUCAUGGCUACAGUGUCACUACUUGGAUGAACAUGACUGGCUGUGGAAAACUGACGGAUGUGAGACUCAAACAAAACAAAACAACAAAACGGACAUUAUUUGCGACUGUGACCAUGCAACACCAUUUGCCGUCCUACUGAUGAGAGAACCAAUUGCACAAGUCCACUGGGAAAUACUGUCAUACAUCAGUUACAUAGGCUGUGGCCUGUCUGCCUUCUUCACUUCUUUGUCCAUUGUGAUCUACGUCUUCAGUCGAAACCACAGAAUGGAUUACUCCAUCUCUAUCCAUGUGUCUCUGAGCGGGGCCCUGUUCCUGCUCAAUUCAGCCUUCCUGCUGACUGAGUGGGGCGCCACGGUGAAGCCAGACUGGGUGUGCGUGUUUGUCGCAGCUCUCAUGCAUUACUCCUUGCUCUGCUGUUUCACCUGGAUGGCCAUAGAGGCGCUUCACCUCUAUCUACUCCUGAUAAAAGUGUUCAACACCUACUACAAGCACUACCUGGCCAAACUGUCUCUUGCUGGAUGGGGGAUCCCUUUUGUAAUCGUGGCAGUCUCUUUGGGAUUGACAGACUUGAAACAGUUUUAUGGAGUUACACAAAUAACCAUGACCAAUACUAACCAAACUAAUGCCAUCUGCUGGAUCACAGAUGACUCCUUCUACUUUUUGAACUUGGUGUAUUUCACCCUUAUAUUCAUCUUCAAUUCUGGCAUAUUGGUAGCAGUGACCUCCAGCAUCUGUAGGAUGAAGCAAGCGCUCAGGAACAACUCAAAGCUUGGAGCAGAGUUUGAGGGAAAGACUUGGAGGGUCAGUGAGUCCUGCAGGAGUGGCCUCACUGUUUUAGGUCUUACCUGCCUGAUGGGGACCACCUGGGGCCUGGUCUUCCUGGGCACAGGAUAUGUCAACUACCCCAUCCUCUACCUUUUCUGCAUCCUCAACUCCACACAAGGUUUCUUUAUCUUCCUGUGGAUUUGUCUGUCAGCCAAGAAGCAGAGGAAGAGAAAUAUGGACGACAGAAUGACUUCAACUCCUGUGAAGACUUCAGGGAUCAGCUCUCAUGACACCUCCUUUCCUGCCAUGAGUCUGGACGAUAAAGCCCAGAAGUGAUCCCCCUUCAUGUAACCAUAGCAACAGUAACUUCCACAUGUAACCCUCCUGACGUGCUAAAAAUUCCUUCAACUAUAAACUUUUGAUGUAAACGUUGUUCUCAGUAAAACUGUCCUCACAUCUUUAGAUUUAUAUAGUUUGAAGUAUAUUCUGUCAUUAAAGUGCAACUGUUUCCUGUGUGUGCGUGCGUGUGUGUGUGUGUGUGUUGGGAGGCAAUCUGUUUUGUUCUGUCGAAUCUGCUUUUAUGUCUUUAUUUAUCUCUCCUAUAUAUUGUACCUCUGCCUUGCUCUACGAUUUUAUCAGUAAUUUUUCUUUUAUGUAUUAUUCCAUCAAGCUGUCCAGGGACUACACAUGGAAAUUAGCAAGUUGCUAUAACCUGGCACAAUGCAUAUUCUCUUGUUGUACAGGAUUAAUGUUUUAUUGUGCGCUGUCCCUGUUGAAAUAAAUAAAUUACAUUUCAUCACAUUACCUACUGUAGAAUACUGUACACAUGUUUCUCAAUAAAGUCACGUCCUUUGAUUAAUUCAGACGCAUAUUAAA